AUGGACCAGGGACCGAGGAUCACAUUGAUGAGAACGCGCCCUCUGUCACGCGGCACGUGCCAGCAGCUGCAGGGCGUGUGGGCCGACAGGGCAGUGAAGCCCAUCGGCGAGGGCGUGCCCGUUGCUGGUGACCACAAAGGCCAGCUGGCGCCAGACCUGCUGGAUGAAAAUCUUGGCUCCUGCCUGGACCAGUGUGGGCUGAGGCAGUCCCUGCCCAAGCAAUGGGCCUCCCUCCAGCUCGGCACUGCCUGGCUGCACCCCUGGAACUGUGGGCUCAGGGAGGGCAGAGUGGGCAGGGCCCGACCUGCAGGCCUCAGAUGCUUUAGGACCCCGAGUCCCUGGGAUCUUCGGCUGGAAGUGAUAGGGUCAGGUUUGCUGGAUGCUGCUGGAAAGACGAAAGGGAGGCAGCUCUUUGGUCUUGCCCACAGAAGCAAGGUGAGGAAGUCAAGGUCAUCGUUUGGAAAGGGCUGGAACAAGAAACACACAUCAUGCUGCCGAUGUGGCUCUAAGGCCUACCACCUUCAGAAGUCGACCUGUGGCAAACGUGGCUACCCUGAGCAAAAGAGAAAUUAUACCUGGAGUGCUAAAGCUGAAAGACGAAAUACCACCAGGACCGGCCGAAUGAGGCACCGAAAAAUUGUACACUGCAGAUGCAGGCAUGGAUUCCGUGAAGGAACAACACCUAAACCCGAGAGGGCGGCUGUUGCAGCACCCAGUUCAUCUUAAAGGUUUCAGUGAUUAGUCAUGCAAUAAAUGUUCUGGUUUUGGAAA